AGUGCCCGGCCCAAACGCCUUAUUAAAACAUUAAAAGACCGCCCAUCCUUCCGUGUCCGCUUCACGCAGUUCCGACCAUGUCUCGCCCCCAGCUGUCCGGAAACCGCCCCCUGAGCGAGGCUGACCCUGUCAUGGCAGGCCUCGUGCAGGCGGAGAAGGAGAGGCAGAUGAAGUGCAUUGAGUUGAUUGCUUCUGAGAAUUUCACCUCCCGCGCUGUCAUGGAAUGCCUUGGAUCUGCGCUGACCAACAAGUACUCUGAGGGUCAGCCAGGAGCGCGCUACUACGGAGGAAACGAGGUGAUCGACAAGGUGGAGAAUCUCUGCAAGGACCGCGCAUUGAAGGCUUUCAGCCUGGAUGAGAAGGAGUGGGGUGUGAACGUGCAGCCAUACAGCGGCAGCCCCGCCAAUUUUGCCGUCUACACUGCCCUGCUGCCACCCCAUGCGCGUGUCAUGGGUCUGGACCUGCCAUCUGGUGGACACUUGACUCACGGUUAUUACACCGCCAAGAAGAAGAUUAGCGCCACAUCCAUCUACUUCGAGUCUCUGCCCUACCGCGUCCAUCCGGAGACGGGCUUGAUCGACUUCGAUGAGCUGCGCAAGACGGCCCUGGUCUUCCGCCCAGCCAUGAUCCUGUGCGGUGCUUCUGCCUACCCACGAGUGGUGGAUUUUGCCAAGUUCCGUGAGAUCGCAGAUGAGGUGGGUGCCUAUUUGAUGGCCGACAUUGCCCACAUCUCCGGCCUGGUGGCCACUGGUGAACACCCUUCGCCCUUCCCGUUCUGCGAUGUUGUGACCACCACCACCCACAAGUCCCUGCGAGGACCUCGUGCCGGCAUGAUCUUCUUCAAGUACACUGAGAAGCUGCCGGACAUCAAGGAGCGCAUCGACAUGGCGGUGUUCCCUGCUCUCCAGGGAGGUCCUCACAACCACCAGAUCGGCGGUUUGGCUGCUCAGCUGUUGGAAGUGGCCACCCCUGAGUUCAAGGAAUACUCCAAGCAGGUCAAGGCCAACGCUUCGGCCUUGGCCGAGGCCUUGAAGGCGAAAGGCCACAAGCUGGCCAGCGACGGCACGGACAACCACCUUGUGCUGUGGGACUUGCGCCCCCAUGGGCUCACCGGUGGAAAGAUUGAGAAGGUGUGCGAGCAUUGCUCCAUCACCCUGAACCGAAAUGCUGUGCACGGCGACGUGUCUGCCCUGAGCCCUGGAGGUGUUCGAGUGGGCGCUCCUGCCAUGACGACCCGCGGCUGCACCACCGCAGACUUCCAGAAGAUUGCGGACUUCCUGGACCGAUGCUGCAAGAUCGCGCUGAAGGUCCAGGAGGAGAAGGGUAAGAAGCUCAAGGACUUCGAGGCCGCCCUGCCAGGCAAUGCGGACAUCGAGGUGGGGAGCGAUUUUUCCCAGACUUGGAGGGGUUGA